AGAGGCGUCCUCACCCGAUUGCCGGGAAGCGAGCCAACCGGCCCAGGGUUUUCCGCCACCGCCCGCGUGACUGGCGGCUCGGCGGCCCAAUCAGCUGGCCUUCCCCGCCCCGCGGGUGGGCGGUACUUCGCACGCUGUCAGUGGCGCCGGUUCUGGGUCGCAGAGGAGAUGGCGGCUGCGGGCGACGGCGGGGGACCGGGGCCGGGGCCGGGGCCGGGGCGGCCGCCGCCCGGGGACCUGCGGAGCGUGCUGAUCACCAGCGUGCUGAACCUGGAGCGGCUGGAGCUCGACCUCUUCAGGGGCCGGCACCACUGGGUGCCCGCUACGCAGCGCCUCUUCGGCGGGCAGAUCGUGGGGCAGGCCCUGGUGGCGGCCGCCCGGGCCGUUAGCCGCGACGAGCAGGUCCACUCGCUGCACUGCUACUUCGUGCGGGCAGGAGACCCCAAGGUGCCGGUGCUGUACGAGGUGGAGCGGACCCGUACGGGGAAGAGCUUCUCUGUCCGUUCUGUAAAGGCCAUCCAGCACGGAAAGCCAAUCUUUACCUGCCAGGCCUCCUUCCAGCUCUCCCAGGGGAGCCCAGUGCAGCACCAGUUCACCAUGCCUACCGUCCCACCCCCUGAGGAGCUGCUGACGCAAGAGGAGCUUAUCCAGAAGUUUCUUCAGAAUCCUAACUUGGCGGAGAGAUACAGAAAGCAUCUCAACAAGAUUCAAGCCGAAGAUGUGCCGAUUGAUAUCAAACCCGUGAACCCACCAGAUAUAUUCUGCUUGGAGCCACAGGAGCCAAAGCAGCUCUUCUGGGUGCGAGCACGAGGCUACAUAGGAGAGACUGACAUGAAGGUGCACUGCUGCGUGGCCGCCUACAUCUCCGACUAUGCCUUCCUGGGCACGGCUCUGCUCCCGCACCGGCAGUACCACAUCAAGUUCCUGGUGUCCCUCGACCAUUCCAUGUGGUUCCAUGCGCCCUUCCGAGCAGACCACUGGAUGCUGUAUGAGUGCGAGAGCCCCUGGGCCGGCGGGUGCCGGGGACUCGUGCAGGGACGGCUGUGGCGCCGGGAUGGGGUCCUGGCUGUCACCUGCGCGCAGGAGGGAGUCAUCAGGGUGGAGCAAAAGCCAAACCAGAGCAAGCUCUAGCUGAGGAACCCCCGCGGGCUGGGGCUCGGGCAUGCCGAGGAGGGACCCCAGGACCAUAACAGAUGCGGGCAAAGCAGGACCUGGGCGGCAGCGGGAAGAAGCGUCGAAGGAGACAGGGCUGGAUCCAGCACUGCGGGGAGUGCUGGUGCCAGAGGCCCUCUGUGGCGAAUGGGGACCCACAGAGGCGUCCGCUGCGACUGACUGCCAGCUGCACAGCACAUAACCUAACACACGACGAUCAGGCACCCUUCACCUGCCUUAAAUAAAGCCGUCAGGUGAACAGC